AGAACAAUAAUGCGGGCAUUGCUAUUAAUACUUGCUGCUGUCUACAGAAUCUCUGCACAAGAAGAAUGCCGCGACUUGGAUUUUAACUGUCGUGACUGGGUGGCAGCAUCGCCACGAGCUUGUGAAUCGACAGACUACAUUUCGAAAAGCUGCAAGAAAUCAUGUGGUUUCUGCGGUCCUCCGGACAAAAAGUAUGAUUUACGUCGUCUGUCACCGCAGCUCCAACCAUUGGCCUUCCUCGUGGGUAAGUGGCGCUCUGAGCACGGUGGCAAAGCGAUUUUCCCUACCAUCCCAAAGUUCACAUACGGUGAAGAAGUUGACAUCAGCAUACCGGACGAGGCUCUCCAAGCACAUCAGGCCUUGAAUUAUACAGCCUUUGCAUGGUCAAUCAAUGAAAAGGACGAACUUCACAGCGAAUCUGGCUACAUCUCAGUAAAACCAAAUACACAAGAAGUGGCGCUAACAACUGUAAUGAACAAUGGAUUCGUAACAGUGGAAGAAGGCCCAAUCAAAAACAACGUUAUCAAAUUCCGAUUGAAGGAUGUUGGACGAAUCAGCUUCAGUCGUGAUCUGCCUGUCCACGAUAUGGUACGCGAAUGGACAUUGUUAGAUAAAAACACGCUACAAGCCAGACUCAAUAUGGAAACAUUGACACAUGGAAUGCAAGAGCAUACUUUCAUUCGAUAUCACAAGAUUGCGCCAUAGAUAUUCGUUGUUGUUUUCUGCAUUUCUAUCAGAUUUUGUUACUUCCAAAGGUAAUAACGCACGUUGAAAACAUCUCAAAUGUAACGGCUAUGCCUCUAAAAAUGAUCACCCUGUACAGAAUUUCAAUAAAAUAUCUUCAAG